GUAUUGUAGUGACAACAAAACGAUUGCGUGCUAUAUUUAAAAUAAUGUUUAAAUAUGUAAUAACCAUUUACCGCUAUUAUGUAAACUCUAUCCGAUGAAUCACGGAGUCGUUGACGUCAGACUAGAUCAUGGAAAACCCAGUAACGAACUCUUUUCGAUUUAAAGCAAAUGUCGAUUAAAGGAAGUUAAAACGCUUAAAGUAGGCAAGUGGUGUAAUUUUCAACACAGGGAAAUUAAAACAUAAUUUAAGACUAUGAAUGUGCAGCUGUAAAGUGUACAAAAUUGUUUACAUAAACGUGCAUAUAGUGAAAAAAAAUUGAAGUUUCGUUUUUGAUGUUUUGCAUUUAAGAUUACUUGGGCCGACGUGGGCGAGUGCGUUUUGAACUAAUUAUUGUCAACAUAUAAUAAAGGAAAGAAACUCUGGUCGAGUAAAUGUUGUAUCUCUUUUUAAAAUAGGCGGUUUGUACCGGUACAAAAACUUCAUUUUAGAGAUUGAACAGGAUUUUUACAAGGGGACUUUACAUAGAGGUUUAAAAGCUUGAUAAUUAACGCAAGGGUGUGAGUAAGCUGUUGUGUACAUUUCGAAUUGAACAUAGCAUAUGCGUGACAGGAAGUAAACAUCAAAAUGAAUCAACUUGUCACGGAUCCAGGUUUGAGAAACUGGAUUAAAGCGUGUUUAGGCCUAAAGUAUGUCAGGGAUGGCAUGCUUCCUUAUAUGCAAAGGAAGUGCGAAGACGUGUACGCAAACAAUGAAACAUUCACCAAAACAAUUGCUAAAUUAACAACAUAUUCAUGCAGUGUUUGUUGUGUAAAGGAUGUUAAACCAAAUCAUUCUAUGAAUAACUGCCCUGCAAAAGGACAGUUGAGUGGAAAAACAAAAUGCGCAUGUACUUCUAAAAAGAAACAAUUAUGCCCUAAUGGAGGUGCGUGUGGGGUUAUGUACGACAGAAUUAUGGACGACCAUGUCAAUAUGACCCCUCGGUGGGACAACUCAGAUUGUCAAAAAUGGUACCUUAACGGAUGGGAACAGAUGAAGUGUUUCAUAGACAUACCCGGAUAUAAAGACAAAGCACUUAUUUCGCAGGCAGAUGUCCGGUCAGAUCGCAACGAGAUUUACCAUUCCGGAGAUUUGGUUUUAACAGAUGACAAAUUGAAAGAAUAUCUUGCAAACAUGAAAGCUGUGCUCAACAUAGCUGUGUUAAACGCUUUUACAAGUGAUAUCCAGGAACAGUUGGAUAAACUGGCAAAAUUAGAGGCUGACGUCGGCAUUGAAGUUAAUACGGUUACAGAAAUUGAAGCACGGAAGGAAGCAUUGAGUGCUUUGAUCGAAGACACAAGAACGUUGGAAGAUAAAUCAGACUUAAAGAUCCAACAAGCCAAGUUUGCAGUUUUACAGGAUAACCACAUGAGAAGCAUUGCUGACCGCUUGAAAGGAAUAAAAAAGGAGUUCAAUCUUUGCGCAAAGGUCCUACUUGAACAAUCAAGCGAAUUAAAAAGCAUUACCGCGGGAGUUCAUGCAAAUACAAAGGCAUUUGAAGCUUUACAAAAGGAACUAGUGCAACAAUCCGAACUGAUCCGUGGUAUCGAAGUUACUACUGUUAAGACCAACAUAGUUGUAACUAAAAGCUACAAAACGUUGAAAGACGUGGAGUGCGAUGUAAAAACGAUUCUACUGAUAUUCAAGGAAAUUCUUAAGCAUAAUAGACCUCACGCCAGAAAUAUUAAUGGGACGAUUGUUGCUGAAAUAAUGGGGGCAGCUAACGAAAAGCAUUUAUCAAAUGAAAUUGUACAGGCAAUCCGCAGUCAAAAAUUUAAUCCUGAUCAAGAAGCUAACGGUGAUAUUGACAAUGUUUUUAUGGAUGUAAUAAAAACUGUUGAAACGGACGGAGAUGAAAUAAUCGAUGUCCGACCUGGUAGCAUAAUCAUUAAGAUCCUAUGCCAGUCAAUGUCCAACUGGAUAAACUUAUGCGAGAAAUGCAUUGAUGGCAGGAUGACACAGCUGUUCAAACCGUUACAAGAUCACUUGAGAAAAAGCACAAGCUUUGGAAAUCUAACAAUAACGGUCGACAUGUUGGAAUCAGAUUUUAUUGAAUCAGUUGACACAAUUGUCAAGCAGUUAUAUCCAUACAUGAUUGCUGCCUUACCUCACAACAUGGAAAUGCACCAUCCAGAUGGAAUUGAAAACACAAAUGUACAACAUAUGAAUGCUAUGUUAAAGUGUCUGCUGGAAAAAUCACACCAGUAUUCCCAUCAAAAACCACAAAUGCAGAUCGACAAUGGUCAAACAACAUGGGUCACAGUUUACCAAACUUGCAUGGAAACCAAAACCCAUCAGAAUGAAACACCGCCGACAAGUGAAACUUUGUUGGUUCAAAACACCUUUUCAGGGAGGCACACAGACCUAAACGUUAAGGAAGAUGUUAAAUCAACCGACUUGGAAGCUUGUGAUCGUAAAAUUGCAGCAGUGGAUGACAAGGAGAACACAUUGCCCAACUCUGCUGCCGACGUCCCUAUGGUUACAUCAAAGUCUGAACUCUUGACCCCGUGCCUCUCUGACCCCAUGGCGGAGUUUGAUGACGACCCUACAGAGGGGACUGGGAUCGAUGGCAUCAAUAAUCUUCCAGACAUAAAUAAUGAGAAACAGCCUGUGGCAGUAGCAGCAGCAGCAGUGAACCUAGGUUUGAAUCCAGGCCAGCCAGCGCAGGUUGGUAAUUCCAAUCCGACCCUGAACUCCCUCACUGCUGUGGGUGGUUUGAAUGCCACAGAUGGGCUGCAUAUUGUGGCACAGACAAACAAAGGCGCAAAACAGUGGCAUGAGAGUGUCACACAGGAUCUCAGAAAUCAUCUUGUCAAUAAAUUGGUUCAAGCAGUAUUCCCCAAUCCAGAUCCAGCUGCAUUAAAAGACAGAAGGAUGAACGAUCUUGUUGCAUAUGCAAGAAAAGUGGAAGGGGACAUUUAUGAAACAGCCAAUAGAAGAGUUUGUAUAUUGAGCACACUACUUAUUAAUUCAGCAAACAUAUUAAAGAAGUCUGCGUUGAAAUGA